AUGCCAAAAACCACCCCAGAGAGGUGCCAAUUGGCACUCUUUCACAUCCAAAAUGGGGAAUCUACCCAUUCAGUUGCUGAGCAACUUGCAAAAGCACCUCUGCUGAUGUUCCAAAGUCAAAGGGGGGCCAGCUGGGAAAACUCCAGCCUCGUCAUGUUUGCUUCCUGGAUCACUAUUUUGAGCUCAAUUCAACCUCCAUGGUCAGGAAAGCAUGUCAUGCACUGCAGGAGACAUUUCAAAUCAAAGUAUGCCCAACCACAGUUAGUGAAAAAACCACAGAGACUCAAGAGACAUUACAAAGCCCAUUUCAAAUUUGCUAAUGAGCACAAGGACAUGACUGUUGAGGAUUGGAAGAAGGUGGUAUGGUCUGAUGAGAUGAAGAUCAACUUCUUUGGACUGGAUGGGAAGCAGUUCUGUUGGAUUAAGAAUGCCAGCUUCAACAGCAAGCUUGUCAGGCUGACAGUCAAGUUUGGCAGCAGCUCCAUCAUGAUCUGGGGCUGUAUGACAUGGGAAGGGGUGGGAGGUAUGCACUUGGUGCUGGGUUCAAUGAAUUCAGACCAAUACAUUGAUAUCUUGAAUGACAAGCUUUUGAAAACAAUCUCAGAUUUGCAGCUUCAGCAUGCAUACACUGACAUCAUGUUUCAGCAAGACAAUGACCUGAAACACAUGUCAAAGAAGACAAUAACAUGGUUGGAAAGCAAUAGCAUUAAGUAUAGUAUGAUUGCAAAGUCCAGGGAUGAACUGCUCAAGAGAUGUGAAGCUGAAUGGACAGUGAUCACUCCAGAGACAUGUAGGACACUAAUAGAGAGCAUGCCAGACCACAUCAAGGUGGUUCUGAAGGCCAAAGGAGGGAAUACAAAGUACUAA